GCAGUGGCUCUGUCAGCGGGUUGGUUCUUCUUGUGUUUACAGCUCUGCUGCUGCUGGUCCUGGAUGGAUGCAGUUGGCUGCUGAUGUUACUGGGAAAGUGCAAUGUUGUUCCUGCCGUUAUUGGAUUGAAUGAACCCGUGGGGAUAAAGGUGAUUUUGCUCAUCAUCUCCCACCACCUCCUCCUCCUCCCGUCUUCCAUUCAUGAGCAGCGUGGCUGAGUUUAGCAGCGGCAGCCAUGGAUGACAAAGGCUCGGUGGGGAAGAUUAGCGUGUCCUCGGACUCAGUGUCCACUCUCAACAGUGAGGACUUUGUCCUCGUUUCCCGGCUGGGGGACGAAACACCCACCUCUACUAACAAUGGUAGUGAUGAUGAAAAGACAGGACUGAAGGUAAUUUCUGAGGAAGGUGUCAGCUUUAAGAUCGUAGGGAACGGGAGUGAGCAGCAGCUCCAGAGAGAGUUAGAAGAUGUCCUCAUGGAUCCAUCGAUAGCCGGCAUCGGACACGGGCUGGAGAACCAGAACAUGGAUAGCUUUGGUGUCCCAGUCCGUAGACUUUCCACGACUCGAUCCUCACUGGUGCCGUUGGGCUCGGACCCUCUGAGUGCAUCUCCACCUAAGCUGGAGAUGGUUCUGCCUGUGCAGACGGCUCAGGAGAGUGAGCUGAAUGAGCGGUCGUACCGAGGAGACGAAUCAUCAUCAGACGGCAGUCCAUGCAGUCCCAUCCCAGACGAAGACAGUGUUGUCUUCAGCCAGUUGACAUAUCUUGGGUGUGCGUCGGUCAACGCCCCUCGCAGUGAAGUGGAGGCACUGCGUAUGAUGAGUAUCCUCAGGGGGCAGUGCCAGGUGCCGCUGGACGUCACACUCUCUGUGCCAGGCGUAUCUGAAGGCACCGUCAGACUAUUGGACCCCAACAACAGUACGGAGAUUGCCAACUACCCUAUCUACAAGAUUCUGUUCUGCGUAAGGGGUCAUGAUGGAACUCCAGAGAGCGACUGCUUUGCCUUCACUGAGAGCCACUACAAUGCCGAGAUCUUCAGGAUCCACGUGUUCCGCUGCCAAAUCCAAGAAGCGGUCAGCAGGAUAUUGUACAGCUUUGCCACAGCUUUUCGGCGGUCGGCCAAAAAAGCCAUUCUGUCGUCACAGCAACCAGCUCCUCUCACACCUGACAGUGACUUGUUUACCUUCACCGUCAGCCUGGAGAUCAGAGAGGAUGAUGGGAAGGGUACCUUCAGUGCUGUGGCAAAAGACAAGGACAAGCAGAGCUUCAAGCUGCGUGCAGGAAUGGACAAGAAGAUAGUCAUUUAUGUCCAGCAGACGUCCAACAAGGAACUGGCCAUUGAGAGGUGUUUCGGGCUUCUGCUCAGCCCAGGGAAAAAUGUAAAGAACAGUGACAUGCACCUGCUGGACCUGGAGUCGAUGGGAAAAAGCUCAGAUGGGAAGUCUUACAUCAUCACAGGAAGCUGGAACCCCAACACGCCUCAGUUCCAGGCUGUGAAUGAGGAAACACCCAAAGAUAAGUUCAUGUACAUGACAACAGCGGUCGACCUGGUGAUCACAGAGGUUGAAGAACCAGUCCGCUUCUUGUUAGAGACCAGGGUCAGAGUGUGCUCCCCAAAUGACAGGCUCUUCUGGCCCUUCAGUAAACGCAGCUACACCGAGACCUUCUACCUUAAACUACGACAGAUGGAGCGCAAGGAGCGUAAGAGUCCAGCCUCCGACACGCUGUAUGAGGUGGUGAGUUUGGAAAGUGAGACUGAGAGGGAGAAAAGGAAGACCACAGCGAGUCCUGGGAUUCUGCCCUCUGGUCCUGGUGCCAUGGUGCCUUCGCCACCUGAGGAUGACGAAGAGGAAGAUAAUGAUGAGCCGUUACUGAGCGGCUCGGGCGAUGUUUCCAAAGAGUGUGCAGAGAAGAUUCUGGAAACAUGGGGAGACCUGCUCUCCAAAUGGCAUUUAAACUUAUCCGUUCGUCCCAAGCAGCUGCCCGCCUUGGUGCGCAGCGGCAUCCCCGAGGCUCUACGUGGAGAAGUGUGGCAGCUCCUGGCAGGUUGCCAUAACAAUGACCACCAGGUGGAAGAGUACCGCACUCUCAUCACUAAGGAGUCUCCCCAGGACAGCGCCAUCACCCGAGACAUCAACAGGACGUUCCCAGCUCAUGACUACUUUAAAGACACUGGAGGUGAUGGACAAGACUCUUUGUACAAGAUCUGCAAGGCAUACUCUGUUUAUGACGAGGAGAUUGGCUACUGUCAGGGACAGUCCUUCUUGGCUGCUGUACUGCUGCUGCAUAUGCCAGAGGAGCAGGCCUUCAGUGUGCUGGUCAAGAUCAUGUUUGAUUAUGGGCUCAGGGACCUUUUCAAGCAGAACUUUGAGGAUCUGCACUGCAAGUUCUUCCAGCUUGAGAGACUCAUGCAGGAAUAUAUUCCAGACCUUUACAACCACUUCCUGAACGUGGGUCUGGAGGCUCACAUGUACGCCUCCCAAUGGUUCCUCACCCUCUUCACAGCCAAGUUUCCUCUCUACAUGGUCUUCCAUAUCAUUGACCUGCUACUGUGUGAGGGCAUCAGUGUGAUCUUCAACGUAGCCCUGGCUCUUCUAAAGACCUCAAAAGACGAUCUGAUCCAAACGGACUUUGAGGGUGCACUCAAGUUCUUUCGUGUUCCGGUCCCAAAGAGGUAUCGCUCUGAGGAGAACGCAAAGAAGCUAAUGGAGCUGGCCUGUAGCAUGAAGCAGAUCAGCCAGAAGAAGCUGAAGAAGUUUGAGAAGGAGUAUCACACCAUCAGGGAGCAGCAGGAGCAGCAGGAGGCCCCCAUUGAAAGAUAUGAGAGGGAGAACCGGCGACUGCAGGAGGCCAACAUGCGCCUGGAGCAGGAGAAUGACGACCUGGCACAUGAACUAGUCAGCAGCAAGAUAGCUCUCCGCAAAGACCUUGACAACGCUGAAGAGAAGGCAGACGCCCUGAACAAGGAGUUACUGCUGACCAAACAGAAACUGGUGGAGUCUGAGGACGAGAAGAGACGACUGGAGGAAGAGUCCGCACAGCUGAAGGAAAUGUGCAGACGUGAGCUGGAUAAGUCUGAGUCGGAGAUCAAGAAGAACGGCUCCAUUAUUGGAGAGUACAAGCAGAUCUGCUCCCAGCUGAGUGAGAGGCUGGAGAAACAACAGACAGCCAACAGAGGAGAGCUUGAAAAAAUCAGGUCCAAAGUGGAAAACUGUGAAAAGUGUAGCGGUCUUUUCAACAAAGAGGGUCGUGUGCGGGUCACGGUGACCACAGCUACAGCCGGAGGGUCGGAGGAGACAGACGAGGAGAAGGAAAGUCUGAAGAACCAGCUCAGGGAGAUGGAGCUGGAACUGGCUCAGACCAAACUGCAGCUGGUGGAGGCUGAGUGUAAAAUCCAGGACCUGGAGCAUCACCUGGGUCUGGCCCUGAACGAGGUCCAGGCCGCCAAGAAAACCUGGUUCAACCGAACUCUCAGCUCCAUCAAAACUGUCACGGGCACCCAGGGCAAGGAGACCACCUAAUGAGACCCCCUCUCUGUUAGGCCAGUUCAAUUCAGACCAGGUCUGGAGAUCAGCGCACUGAAAACUGCAGACCCCUGAAACCCUAACCCACUGGGCCGUAACUCUAACACUGACUGUUAAAAACCCAGGAUGACCGUUCACUACAUUUCUCUGCUCUGAUGCCUACUGACCUAAUCCCCCCUCCCCCCCCCCUCGUCACCUCCUCACCCUCUUCACCCUGAAUGACUCCAGCCGACCGUGCUGAGGAGAAGGGGUUGAAGCUCAAACAUACAGCGGUGUCGUCAGCCCCCAACGAAAAGAAAAAAUACCCACUCUGCUUCCUUCAAUCCGAAGACAUUGAAGAAAAAUUGAAAAAAAGAAGAAAAAAAAGCUUCAUCGUUGAACCCUGUCUUUGUACUGCUGAAGUUAAAGACCAGCAGAAGGAAAGGGAAGGACACGGUGGGAUAAAGAGGAGAAACACUCCGUCCUUCCUGACUCUUCUGCAUGCUCCUCUUUUAAACUACUGGCACAAACCGAGCGCUCCCUCGUUGUUUUCUUUUGGUACGAGAGAGAGAGAGAGAGAGAGAGAGAGAGAAAUCCACCUUUCUGGGACUGAGUUUUUUUUUGUCUAAUUUACCUUGAACAAUAACUUUCUUUUCUAUGUGUGUAUAGGAAUGUGCUUAUGUAAAGAGAGCGUGUGUAUGUGUUUUUGUUCCAUGUCGUGAGUCUGGAUCAGACCAGGUUUGAAUGCACCGACCGUUGACUGAAUUUACGUUGCGAUGUGUGUGUGAAAGAGGAAGAGACAGAGUACGGAAUUCCCAGGAAAAGUUAAAGCACUAAAGUCGUGAGUGAGUGAGUGGACGAGUGAAUGGACGCAUGUGAUGGAAAAAAGAACCGCGGAGUUUCCCUUAAAUGUCCAAGCAUUUGUGAAUGAUGCAGAAGAGAAGAAGAAGAAUCACUAACGACGCCUUCAUCUUAAGGUGGAUAUGAAAACAGAAUUGAAUUUAGAAAAAAAAACAGCAGUAGGAACGCUCAUCACCUUCCAUUUCAAACAUCAAACCUGCUCCAGAGUUUGUUUGGUUUGGAUCCGACGGCACAACGAGAAAACGUAGAAAUCCAAAGCGUUAAAGCCAGGCGUUGGUGUGGACAGCGGUGUGUGGAAGUCUCGGUCCAAACCUGACUUAAAGAUAAACUGGAAAAAAAGAAGAAUUGACAGACGGUGACAAUUAAUCUUAAUGGAACUAAUUUAAAAUAUAUAAAAGAGUGUAUGGGCCACUUUGAGAAUUAAAUAAGAAAUACAAUUACGAGACAAAGUCAAAACGUUACGAGAAUAAAGUCAAAAACUUUUGAGAAAAAUUUAACGUUUAAGAGUUGUAAAAGGUAUGAGUAAAAAGUCCUAAUUUCAUGAGAAAAAGUCGUACAUUUAUGUUUUAUGUAUGUUUUUCCCAAACACAUCAUCUCUUUACCACUUUAAUCUUCAGAUCAAUUUAUAGCUCUAUUCGUAUAAUGUUAUGGCUUUUUAUCCUCAUAAAAUUCCAACUUUUUUCUCGUAACGUUUCGACUUUCAUUUUGUAAUUUUAUUUUAUUUUUCUCAACAUGACCCUUACAGUCAUAAAAUAUUUAUAUUUAAAGUCAGAAAAAGAAAAACGUUCACCAACCUAAUAUACUUGUAAUCGUUCCUUUGUCAGAACCUCAUUUUUCAACACAGCAUUUGUUGAGUAGACUGGACCAGUUGUCCUCUCUCAGUCUCACUGCCUGAAAUGCAGCCCCAAACCAUUACAGAACCACAAAAUAUUCUAAAGAAAAAACAUUUUCCUGAAGACCAAUGUGGGCCAGAUCACAUUCAUGUCCUCCUGUCCAUUUGGACAGCUCCUUAUAAGACUUGGUCAAACACUUGAAGGGUCAGAUCCCUGUACUCGAUUCUGUGCUUGGUCACAGUUUCAUUAUUUAUGAAUCCUUAAAUAUAUGGUUCACCAAACUAA